AUGGCACACAGAAAGAGCUUACACGGAAGACGCAUCUAUGGAGGAAAAAACUCACAACCACAACCACAAGGCGAAGUAGACUGCCACAAUGAAAUGCCACACGCUAGGCUCGCCGCCGGACUUCUAGAUCCGAUUACAUCCGACCGAACAUCAUCGAUUGCAGCGGGCGUAGCCGUCUGUGUCAUACCCAGCAUUGAGCCUCCGGUCAACUCUGUAGGUGAGGAGGCGGGGGCGGCGGAGACGACGGCCUCGUGGAGGAGGUACGUGGCCGCGGGGACCACGAACGAGGCGGUGGGGCGGUCGGUAGCUCUGGGCACGUGA